GAAACCUCUCAGACAACGAGAGAUAGAGAAAUAAACAGUCUGAGUACCAUGGAGUUCAGAUUAAACUCGAUUCAUGGAUGUCUGCUGUUGCUGAUGGGAACUGAGAUCCUCUGGAUGACUGCUGCAACAUCACAGAACCGUUGCGAUAAGAACAUCCAGGUGGUGACGAAAUCCGAAUGUCAUUCCUGCUCAUUGUCAUCUCUCAUGAAUUGUCCCAGUGGAUACAACAAGAAGUCACCUGGGAAGAGCAACAAGGACUGCAGGUAUUCAGUCACGUCCGCUUUGAGUUUUUCAGGCUGUUCGUUUGUGUGUAUUAAAGACACGGUGGAGCCUCAGUGUUGUCCUGGUUAUUGGGGGAAUGACUGCAUUGAGUGUCCAGGAUCAGCUGGGACUCCCUGCAGUAAUAAUGGCAUGUGUUCUGAUGGUAUAGGUGGUAAUGGAACAUGCACAUGUAAGCCAAACUUUGUUGGAACAGCUUGUGAGGACUGCAGAGAGAAUUUAUACGGACAAACAUGCAGCAACGUGUGCCAAUGCAAGCAUGGCUUGUGCGACAGCGGAAUAAAAGGCACAGGGCAAUGCACGUGUCUGUCUGGAUACACAGGUGUAGACUGCAGCCGAGAGCUUCCAGCCUGUGCUUCUUUACGGUGUGGGACAAAUGCUCGCUGCAUUGAGGAAAUUUCAACAGGCCAGCUUGUGUGCAAGUGCAAACCUGGUUAUCAAGGUGAUGGAGUCAGUUGUACAUCAAUUAAUCCCUGCUUAAGAGCCGUGUGCCAUGCAAAUGCAGCGUGUGCGCAUACAGGACCAAACCAGCACGUCUGCACCUGCAGAGAAGGCUACAGUGGUGAUGGACGUGUCUGCAUGCCAAUCGAUCCCUGCCAAACUAACUUAGGCAACUGUACAUCGAGCUCUACACGCUGCAUGUACGACGGCCCUGGAAAGGCUCACUGUGAGUGUUUGGAGGGAUUCGAGAAGUUUGUCAAAGGAAAGGGCUGCAGUAUUAAAGAUUUGUGCAAACCCAACUCCUGCCAUAAACACGCCACCUGUACCACCGCAGAACCAGGAACAGUCGAGUGUAAGUGUCGUGAUGGUUUUAUUGGCAAUGGGAAGAUAUGCCUCGGUAAUAUAAUCCAGCAGUUGCAGGAACUGAAUUCAAAGCCGGGUGGGGAAUGGACAGGUCAGCUUUCCAGUGCCAUUACACUUUUUGUUAAAACCAUGUCGUGGCCUCUGACCUCCCGUGGACAGUUUACCGUGUUUGUGCCGGUGAACAAGGCUUUUAAAGGCACAACUGUAAAAACCCUGCUGGCCGAUGAGUCGAAAGCUCAAUAUCUCGUUAAGCUGCACAUGGUGGCAGCAGAGGUGAACUUUGAGUCUCUGAAGAAGGGAAUCCUAUACUACACUAUGACCGGCAUGGCCGGCGAAUCCCUGACAGAUGUCAAGCAGAUCAAAAUCCGUCUCCAUGGAAGUCGUAAGAAAGCAGCGGUUGUGGAGCCGGACAUCUUUGCCUCCAAUGGAAUUGUACAUUUGGUUGAUAAACUGAUGGAUGCCGUCCCUUCUACUGUAAUAAGUGAAAAAGAGGAAAACCUUAUGCAGAUUCUCUCAAAAAAUGGAAAGUUCUCUCAGUUUAAGUCUCUGCUUGAGAAAACCAACGUUGCAUCUGUUUUAAAAGGAUCGGGACUCUUUACCGUGUUUGCUCCCACAAAUACUGCGUUUACCUUACUAAAGGCUGGCUAUUUAGACUUCCUUACGUCUGAAGAGGGUAAGACAAAACUACGUGAACUAAUGCGCAAUCACAUAGUGUCGUCUUCCAAGUUGGAUUCCAGCUUCAUCGCGUCAAACUCUCUUGCUGUGAGCCAGGCCAGCCAGAUCCUGACUUUUAACGUAACUGCUGCUGGCCAAAUGCUGGUGAAUGGCGAGGCAAUGCUGGAACUGGAUGUCGAGGCAAAUAAUGGUCUUCUCAAUUCAGUGGAGGGGCUUCUGAUUCCCGCAUCCAUAGAGCCCAUUCUACCACAUCGCUGUGACAUCACAGAAAAUAAAGUUUAUAUGGGUCCAUGUGUUAGCUGUACACGUCCCUCCAAACCUGCUUGUCCUACUGGUGAACCAAUGAAUACAGCCCUAAAAAACUGUGUGUAUAGGAUAAAUCGACAAGAUAUCUCUUUACCAAUACUCACCACUGGCUGUUCUCACUUCUGCAAUGAAACAAAGACGACCCGUCUCUGCUGCAAGGGUUUUUUCGGACCAGACUGUUCCCCAUGCCCAGGUGGUUAUAUUGCCCCCUGUUCUUCGCAUGGCAAGUGUUUUGAGGGCAUGGAUGGAAACGGCACAUGCCAGUGUGAGCCUAAUUUCAAAGGCUCGCGCUGCCAGUACUGUGCCAACCCUAACAAAUACGGCUCGUCUUGUGACAAAACCUGUGGAUGCAUACAUGGUGUCUGUGAUAAUCGACCGGAGGCCACCGGUAAAUGUAAGGAGGGUUCUUGUAUAGACGGAUAUACUGGAGAGUUCUGUGAACAGCAAACCCAGCCGUGUGGACCCAACCAGCCAUGCCACGCCCAUGCGGACUGCGUAUCCAAUAAUGGAGCCUUCGCAUGCGUGUGUAAACCUGGUUUUAAAGGUGAUGGGUUCAUGUGCGUGGAGAAAGACCCCUGUGCUUUGCCAUAUCGUGGAGGCUGCAGUGUCAAUGCCAAAUGCAUAAAGACGGGUCUGGGCACACAUACGUGCCAGUGUCUGAGCGGCUGGAGAGAGGAUGGAGACGAGUGUCAGCCCAUCAAUAACUGUCUGGAUCCAUCCAGAGGAGGGUGUCACCCAAACGCUACCUGCAUCUAUGUGGGCCCGGGACAGAGCGACUGUGCUUGUAAAAACGGUUACCACGGCAAUGGGAACGAAUGUGAAGCGAUCAAUCAGUGCGUGCAAGAGAAGGGUGGAUGUCAUUACCUGGCCACCUGUCAGUUCCAGGAUCAGCAUGGAUGGCAGUGUGUUUGUGAGGACGAUUAUAUCGGUGAUGGAAACAUCUGUUAUGGAUCUCUUCAACAGGAGGUGUCAACAAACCCUGAACUUCAAGAGUUUAACAAAUGGCUCACUCAAGCAGAUCUUUCUGACCUGCUAUCAGAGGCUGCGAAUUUGACUCUUUUUGUACCAUCGGCUCAAGCCAUAGAAAAGAUGAGUCAAGAUGACCAAGACUUCUGGCUGUCCCGCAGUAACCUUCCAAGUCUUAUUAAAUAUCACAUUGUUCCUGGGAUAUUUCGAAUGGCCGAUCUUCGUACCACCCCUUCCCCAAAACUGACUUCUCUAUUAAAAAUAACACUCGCUGUUUCUUCAACCAAUGACAGCACUACUGUUGCUGGAGGAAAAAUCAUUUAUGGAGAUAUGGCAGCAAAGAAUGGACUUAUUCAUCUUAUUGACACGGUUCUGAUCUCUGAACGACAGCUGAGCAAAGGUUUACUGGAGGUACUGAAUCACAGGUCUGAUCUCUCGCUCUACCGCAAUGCUCUUACUACACACAACUUGACUGAUACAUUGGAGGAGUCCACUGGAUUUACCAUUUUUGCCCCAACAGACAGCGUGAUCCAAGAAUACCUCAGGAGAACGGGGAAGGAGAUUCUGGAUUCAAAUGUGACCCAGUAUCACAUCAUUGUGAAUGAAACCAUAAGAGCAGAUGAACUGGUGGAUGGACUUUAUAAAGAUACUAUGUUAGGCUUCUCUUAUCAGCUGGGAAUUUUCCACCAGGAUAACAAGCUGUUUGUGAAUAAUGCUGAGGUGAACCUAACAAACAUAGAGUGCAAUAAAGGAGUGAUCCACGUGGUGUCCGCUGUUCUGAACAUCCCAAACAAUCGCUGUGACAAAGCAUCCACUACAAUUAUGCCGGGACGCUGCAUGGAUUGUUUCAGACCUCCUGAUAACUUUUGUCCUUCAGGAACACAAAGAAUGAUGAGCCCAAGGAGAAGAUGCAUGUACAGUCGAGUGUUUCACGGAGAUACACUAGUGAGCAUUGGAUGUGAAGUCACAUGUGUGAAAGUCACCGUUAAAAGACAAUGUUGUGCAGGUUAUUAUGGGAUAAACUGCGAGCGAUGUCCUGGGCCCGAGUCUCAGCCCUGUUUUGGUAACGGUGCGUGCGGCGAUGGGACCAACGGCACAGGAGUCUGCGAGUGCAAGCAGAAUUUUAACGGCACCGCUUGUGAGAAUUGCAAAACCGGCAAAUAUGGAAUUCACUGCGACCAAGAAUGCAAGUGUGUGCAUGGACGUUGUAAAGAGGGUGUGGAUGGAGACGGCAGCUGUGAGUGUGAUCUGGGCUGGAGAGGAAUAACCUGCAGCGUUGCUAUUACAUCAGACAUGUGUGGAGGAAAAUGUCACAGCAGCGCCAAUUGUCUGCUGAAUGUAGUGGACACUUCAUAUUACUGUAGUUGUGCAGCAGGAUUUCAGGGUAAUGGUUCACAUUGUGCAGCGGUGGACGCAUGCGCCACAAAUAACGGAGGCUGCUCUGUCCACGCACUUUGUAAGAGGACCGUCCCGGGACGGAGAAUAUGCAAGUGUCCUCCGGGUUACGACGGAGACGGGAUCGUAUGCAUUUCUAUCAACCCAUGCCUGGAUGGUAAUAAUGGAGGAUGCCACCCGGAUACAGACUGCAUACAUACAGGUCCUAAUAAGACAGCUUGUGUUUGCAAGAAGGGCUUUACGAAGUCGGGAGUUCGAUGUGAAGCCAUCGAUGUGUGCAGGCAGAACAACGGUGGAUGCCACAGGUAUGCCCGCUGUACCAUGACAGGACCCUUGGAGAGAAACUGUACCUGUGAGAUUGGUUUUGUUGGAGAUGGAGAGACUUGCACUGGAUCCCUGCAGAAAGAGGUUGCAAGCAGAAGGUUAAGGGAUUUUCUGUUGGGGUUGGUGAUGACUGGUAUUCCUGCCCUCAGAGGUCGUGGCCCAUUCACGGUGUUUGUACCCAAUACAAAUGCUUUUAAACAAUCACAGGUGAAGGAUUUAUCAAGGCAAAAUCCAGACAUGUAUGCCGAAGUCAUGAGAUACCACAUCGUGUCUUGCCGUAGUCUCCUCCCGGAGGACCUCAUGCAACCUCGUAACCUCACGACGCUUAUGGGUGAAGUCCUCACCAUCACGUAUUCUGAGGAUACUAUAUACAUCAAUAACAAAGCCAAAGUGGUGUUCAGUAACCUUGAAAGCAGUAAUGGGAUUUUACACGAGAUCGACACUGUCCUGAUUCCCCCCAGCAUGCAGAAUCUGAAUUUCAAGAAGCAAGACAACACUCCUAGUAACCUCUCCGAUGUGGUGAAUGUUCAUGGCUUCAAGACUUUCUACAAACUACUAGAGGACACAGAUGUGUUAAAGUUAGUGACGGACCGCAUCCAUCAGCCCGUCACCUUGUUCCUGCCCACAGAUGGUGCCAUGUCCGCCCUGGCCCAGGAGCAGAAAGACUUCCUAUACGGCCUACAUAACCGUGAGAAGCUGUCCGAGUAUCUUAAAUACCACAUCGUACAUGAUACCAAGAUUUUGCCCUCUGAGCUCAUCCACGCCAGCUCUUUAAAAACUCAACAGGGCUCAGAUCUGUCAGUGGCCUGCAUGGGAGAAGAGCAAAUCGGUGAGCUUUAUGUGAAUCGUAAAAACUGUCGCAUCGUGAAGAGAAACAUUGAAUUCAUUGGAGGCAGGAUUUAUGGCAUUAACUGUCUGCUGAAUCCUCCAAGCCUUGGGGGGCGCUGUGACAACAGAAACGCCUUCGAUAUCACAUUGCCUUGCAGGCGAUGUGGUCGUACGUAUACUGAUUGCCCGCACGGUAGCAAACCAAAGACCGAACAAAAGUGUGACCUGACCCAUCUCUUUGUGGCUAAUAACGAUGGGUGUCAAUCUAUAUGCACGAUGGUCGUUUGGAAGCCUAAGUGUUGUUCGGGGUACUUCGGCAGGGACUGUCUUGCAUGUCCUGGUGGUCCAGAAUCCCCCUGCAGUAACCAUGGCAAGUGUGAUGAGGAUCAAUUAGGAAACGGCACCUGCACCUGCGAUGUCGGAUUUACGGGUGUAGCCUGUGAGCUGUGUGUGGACGGCCGUUUUGGACCAGACUGCAAAACAUGUAAUUGCACUGAACACGGGUCAUGUGAUGAAGGUCCGAAAGGUACCGGUUCAUGUUUUUGUGAGGAGGGGUGGACCGGUACCCGAUGUGAGAACAAAUUAGCUGAUGGACCUGUUUGCAGUCCUGCGUGCCAUGAGAAAGCUGUCUGUAUGGAGAACAAUACCUGUGUCUGUAAACCCUUAUAUGAAGGAGAUGGUAUCACCUGUACAGCGGCCAACAUGUGCAAGUAUUGGAAUGGUGGUUGUUCAAAGGAUGCCAAGUGCAGUCAAAAGGGGGAGAAAGUGAGCUGCUCGUGUCUCAAAGGCUUCUCCGGCGAUGGUUUCGUGUGCACGCCCGUCGACCCCUGUGUCAAUGACAACGGAGGGUGUCACGAGCACGCCACCUGCACAAUGACCGGACCUGGCAAGAGUAAAUGCGAUUGUAAAGACAACUACAUUGGAGAUGGGACUGAAUGUGAAGCGAAGGUGUUGCCGGUCAAUCGCUGUCUUCAGAAUAAUGGCCAGUGUCACUCAGAUGCUCAGUGUACUGACCUGCACUACGAGGAUAAAACGUUGGGAGUAUUUCACUAUCGGCCCCCAAUAGGAGUGUACAAGCUUAACUACACCAUGGCACAGGAGGCGUGUAAAGAAGCAGGAGGCACCAUCGCUAGCUACACACAGUUGUCCUAUGCCCAGCAGGCAGGUUAUAGUUUUUGUUCGGCGAGUUGGCUUGACAGAGCGAGGGUAGCGUAUCCCAUGAGCUUUUCUAACCCGAAGUGCGGCUUUGGACACGUGGGUAUUGUGGACUACGGCAUCCGCACCAACCUCAGUGAGACUUGGGAUGUGUUCUGCUAUCGAGUGAAUGAUGUGAAGUGCGAGUGUAAGGUUGGCUAUAUUGGUGAUGGAUACUCUUGUACAGGAAAUCUCCUGCAGGUUUUGUCAUCUAGACCGACCUUCUCGAACUUUCUUUCUCAAAUCCAAAACUAUUCAAGCUAUUCUGCGUCCGGAAAGGAGUUUGUGAAACGCAUAAGCAACAUCACUAUCCAAUCUACUCUGUUUGUACCUGACAACGACGGUCUUUAUAGCAAUGAGACUUUGAGCGGCAGAGACAUAGAGCACCAUCUACUGGAUGGGAGGGCAUUGGUAUUGCAGGCACUUAUCAACGUCACUCACGUCAGGACGCGAUUGGGUCACGGUCUGACCAUCACACGUGUUCCUGAUCUUCAGAAUCCUCAGACAGCAACUUCCUCUGGAUACGUGAAUGAUCGUUACAUCAUCGACUCUAACAUCUAUGCAUCAAAUGGGGUCAUCCACGUCCUGCAGGGCCCGCUCAAAGCUCCGCCCCCUCCUCCUCCAUCCAUUCACGCUGCUCAUAAGGCAGGAAUGGCCAUUGGUGUCCUGGUACUAAUCGUCCUAAUUGCAGCGGUUGGAUUUGUGGGAUACAAUUUUUACACACAGAAAACAAAGCCCUUCCAGUUUCAGUACUUUAAGGAAGAUGAAGGAGUUGAGUGUAACCCACCAGAAUCUAGUGCAAACAUCACAAAUCCCAUGUACGAUUUCACACCUGCCCCAAAAGACGAAGCUCCAACGGAAGCUGACAAGCAUGAAGUGAUAUCCAGUGGUUCCUAUGAUCUUCUCCAGGACAGCUGAAAUGACCACGUCAAUCUCGAUGUGUAUUUCAACACGGCAGUAAUGCAUCAUGGUGCAGUUCUCUCGAAGACCACACGAGGCCGCCAUAAGCUUCAAUGACGAUGGGACAAAGAUAUACCAAAUAGACUGUGAAAUCUAAAACUACAGAGGCUGUGAAUUAAAAAAGUUUUAUGCGCAAAAGAGUAUUUGAAUGUAAAUAUUUGUAGCUCACAAAGGUUUUAUAUUCUGUUGUAUUACAUAAGGUAAUACAUUUUCAACCUACAAUGUUUUUUAAAAAAAAUAACUCGGAUUCAUUGCUUAGUGUGAAUAAAAGUGGAGCAGGGGAUGAAAUCACACACAAUUGACUAUAACUUAUCAUUUAAAUAAAUAACAAUGAUAAUGAAUAUGAUAAGUGAGAUUUAUUCACUGUGCCAGUAAAAAUCACAAUCAUUACAAAGAUCAUGAACA